UCUAUAUAUCGAGCGAAUUAUCUCCGCCGAACGAAAGGCUAUUUGCCUUCUCAAUUUCCCAACGUUUCUUGUUCUCGAAGAACUCGAAAAGAGGCAACAAUGGCGGAGGGUUCUUCGUCUCCCUCCUCCUUCUCGGCGGCGGCGGCGAAAGCGGAGGAGGAGAGGGCGGAGUUGCUCGAUCGGAUGCUCACGCGCUUCGCCAUCGCAGACGACGACAAGCUCGAGCCCGCACUCGUGAAGACCCUCCCCUACUCCAUCGCCUCCCUCUCCGCCCCCUCCCCUUCGAUCCGAAUGAUGGUGGGACAAACUCAGUACAGUAUCAGAAAGCUAAUUGAUGAUCCGCCUGCCAUGCAUACAAUGUUUGAGUCUUUGAUGGACAUCCAUGACCAUAUUGAGUCGGUACUGGAGCAUAUUUCUGCCACUGCCGACAAGGAGUGCCGACAAGGAGGGCGAGUACGAGAAUGAGGAGGAGAUGGUGGAGGAGGAAAUGUAAAGGACCCGGGGAGUAGUAAAGUAGUAUUUGCUCUUACCUGUGCUGGAUUUGGUGCUAUGCUUGUUUUGUUGCUGUUCCAUGCCAAUCCCUCAUCAUGGGGAUUGUCUGUUACUGUCUUGUAUUUCCGCCUUAUCUGGAUGCUGUUUGAGCUCUUAAUACUGUAUUAAUGAAUGUUGGUGACAUGUUGUUUCAAUUAACUCCCAUUGAGUCGUCGAGCAUUUCUGAUAAAAGCGGUAGAUGUUGUCGAUGAUUGUA